AUGCCAGGUGAAGUGAUCGAUCGUCCUAACCCUCCGCCGCCACCAUCCAAUGUCCCCGACUAUGUCUCCGAUCUGCUGGUCAAGCUGGAUAGGUCAACAUUGGCAGAAGAGACCAAUGAGGUUAUGGUCAAAUAUCGGCGCGCCGCCAACUACAUUGCUGCAGCUAUGAUCUUUCUGCAAGACAACGUCUAUCUCGAACGAGACCUCACAUUCGAGGACAUCAAGCCUAGGUUACUGGGCCACUGGGGCACAUGUCCUGGGCUCACUCUAGUGUACUCCCAUCUCAACCUUAUGAUCAAGAACCAUGAUUCGGACAUGCUUUACGUCGUAGGACCUGGUCAUGGUGCGCCGUCUCUCCUGGCAAAUCUAUGGCUGGAGGGUUCGUUGGCCAGGUUCUAUCCGCAGUAUUCACAGGAUGCGAAGGGACUGCAUAAUCUGAUCAGCGGGUUCAGUACAACCGGGGGUUUCCCAAGUCACAUCAACGCUGAAACUCCUGGCGCCAUCCAUGAAGGAGGAGAGCUUGGAUACGCCCUUGCAGUAUCCUUCGGCGCUGUCAUGGACAAUCCCGAUCUGAUCGUGGCUUGCGUUGUUGGAGACGGUGAGGCUGAAACUGGUCCUACUGCUACGGCGUGGCAUGGUCACAAGUACAUUGAUCCUGCAGAGUCGGGGGCAGUCUUACCUAUCGUGCAUGUAAACGGUUUCAAGAUCAGCGAGAGAACCAUCUAUGGCUGCAUGGACGACAAGGAAAUGGCAGCGCUCUUCACAGGCUAUGGAUAUCAACCAAGAGUGGUGGAUGACUUGGAAGACAUCGAUGGAGACCUCUCUACUUCAAUGGAAUGGGCAAUCUCAGAAAUCAAACGAAUACAGAAAGCCGCCAGGAGUGGCAAGCCCAUCAUGAAGCCUCGAUGGCCUGUCCUGAUACUGCGGACCCCGAAAGGAUGGUCAGGACCAAAGAAGGUUCACGGCCAGUUCGUCGAGGGCUCCUACAAGGCUCACCAAGUUCCAUUAGCUGCUGCGAAGAGCGAUCCUGAAGAACUCAAACAGCUUCAGGACUGGUUGGCGUCUUAUAAGCCCAAGGAGCUGUUCAAGGAGGAUGGCGAUGUCAUCGACGAAAUCAAGGCUGUGUUUCCCGAAAAGCCUGAACGACGCCUCGGUCAGAAGAAAGAAUCGUACGAUGCCUACCGUGGCCUGAGGCCCAUCGACUGGCGCAAAUUCGCCGUCAAGAAGGGCUCUUCGGAAAGCUGCAUGAAGAUUGUGGGAAAAUUGCUGGAGCAGGUUAUCAAAGACAAUCCCAAGACGUUUCGCAUUUUCUCCCCUGACGAGUUUGAAUCCAACAAGCUCGAUGCAGUCCUGAAUUCCACCAACCGGAACUUCCAAGCCGAUCAGUAUUCAAACGCCCGUGGUGGCCGUCUCAUUGAAACCCUCUCUGAGCACCAAUGUCAAGGCUGGAUGCAGGGCUACACUUUGACUGGUCGGGUGGCUUUGUUCCCGAGUUACGAAGCAUUCCUAGGAAUCAUCCACACCAUGAUGGUGCAAUACGCAAAAUUCGGUAAGAUGGCGCGAGGGCUAACCUGGCGCAAGGACAUUGCGAGUAUCAACUAUCUCGAAACCUCCACCUGGACGAGACAAGAACACAACGGCUUCUCGCACCAGAACCCGAGCUUCAUCGGGGCGGUGUUGAACCUCAAGCCUGAUGCGGCCCGAGUGUACUUGCCACCCGACGCGAAUACCUUUCUGUCCACUAUGGAGCACUGCCUUCAUUCCAAGAACUAUGUCAAUCUGAUGGUCGGGUCGAAGCAGCCGUCUGCCGUUUUCUUGUCGCCGGAUGAAGCGGAGAACCACUGUCGUGCCGGGGCGUCGGUAUGGAAGUUCGCCUCGACCGAUGAGGGCCUUAAUCCAGAUGUCGUGCUCGUUGGCAUCGGCGCCGAAUUGACAUUUGAGGUGAUCGCCGCCGCAGACCUGUUGCGAACAAAGGUGCCGAGCCUUCGCGUCCGAGUUGUCAACGUUACCGAUCUGAUGAUCCUGGGAACGACUAGAAGUCACCCGCACUCAUUGACUGACGAUGCCUUCGACGCUCUGUUUACCGCAGAUGCGCCGAUCCACUUCAACUAUCAUGGGUAUGCGAACGAGCUCAAGGGAUUAUUGUUUGGACGACCAAACAUGGCUAGAGUGACCAUUGCCAGCUACAAGGAGGAAGGCUCGACGACUACCCCCUUCAAUAUGAUGCUUCUCAAUGAGACAAGUCGCUAUCAUGUGGCCAUCCAGGCGGUCAAGGGAGCGGCGAAGCGCAAUGAGAGGGUCGGAUUGUACAUGCAUGAGCUGACGAGCGAGUUCAACGGGAUGAUUACAAAGGUCCAGAAGUACAUCCUGGAGAACAAGAAUGACCCCGAGUAUCUUGACAACAUCGAAAACUUCAAGAUUGACAACAGCACGCUGAGUGAGGGUUGA